CGCUACGGUUAUUUCUCCCCGGCUCCGGCCAAGCCUGUGUGGUCGAUACAGCAGGGAUGUCCUCUCAAACACUGUUGCAGAGAAAAUGGAUGGCUUGAAUGGACCCGUGAUCCGGGCUGAAUCCCGCUCCUCGCCCCCUCACCAACCUGCUGUCUUUUCAAUGUGUGACUGUGUGUGUUUACAGGAAUCACUGCGAACAACGUGACGCGUCAGCGCCAGCUCUGCACCAGCCGGGUCCAGUGGAGCUGCAGCUGAGGAGCUGAGGAACUGGGGAUUUGACUGGCAGCUGGUAGACCACUAAGGGAGGGGAGAGAGGCGGCUGGGCAGUGGGGUUGACGAGCCUAGCUGGCGCUGGGUGAAUGCUGCCUGGCGAGGACAAGGGCUGAGGCGGCAGCAGCAUCAACUUGAGAAGGAGCAUGGCAUCCACGGGCAUGCAGAUAUUUGGAUUUGUCCUGGCGCUGUUGGGCAUCAUGGGUGCUAUGGUGGCCACUCUGCUGCCCAACUGGAAGGUCAGCGCAGAUGUGGGCUCCAACAUCAUCACAGCGAUUUCCCAGAUGCAGGGUCUGUGGAUGGACUGCACAUGGUACAGCACAGGCAUGUUCAGUUGCACACUUAAGUAUUCGGUGCUUUCACUACCUGCGUACUUGCAGACUGCCCGCACCACUAUGGUGCUCUGCUGCGUGAUGGCUGCCAUGGGCCUCUGCCUUGCAUCCCUGGGACUAAAAUGCACACGCUGGGGUGGUGGACGGCGUUCCAAGCGGCACGCCGCGAUUGCCAGUGGUGGCUGCUUCGUCGCUGCAGGCUUUCUGUGCCUGGUGCCUGCUUCCUGGUUUACCAACGAGGUCAUCACCAACUUCCUGGACUCCAGUGUGCCCGAGAGCAAUAAGUUUGAGCCUGGGGGUGCUGUGUACGUGGCCUUUGUAUCAGCAGGAUUUCUUUUUGUUGGGGGGUCCAUCUUCUGUAUGUCCUGCUCGGGGAAGAGGCAUGGACCCCAGGACCUGGUCCUGCUUCCUCCCCCUGACAAAUUGCUGCUCCAGCAGCAGCAGCAGCAGCAACAGCUGCUCCAGCAGCAGCAGGAGCUCCAGCACCAGUACUGCUCUCUCUCCCCAUUAGACAAUAAGACUGGCUACAGCCUGCAGGACUAUGUGUAAUAAAGCAGCGCUGUGUACGCUACGGCUAAAGGGAGAUGAGCCUGAGGGAGAACCAUCGCGGCUUAUGCUACACACUAGGCUCCACUCCAGAUGGAGGUGGAGAAAAAAUAAGAGAGGAGGGCAACAACUUUGAAUUCAUUUUCCCUUCUCCUCUAUCUUGCUCCUCUCCCUUUUUCUGUUUUGCAAGCACAAGCAGUGGAGGUAUUCCCUGAGCAGCGCCUUGGAACAAACAGUGUGAAUGUGUAAGGAGCCAGGAUAAGGUGCUGCAGCAUCGAAGGAAGCCGCUAACCAAAUGCAGACAUCCUUCAUCAGUAAAUCACAGAAAGAGUUCCCCGGGGAAUGGAUUAAGCAAAUAAGGAAGCCUUCUGUGUAGAUUUUUUUUCCUCACCAAAGGUUUGAAUUGAAAGAAAAAAAAGCAAUCAUUUAGCUGCUAUUUACAAUCGUCUGGUACCCUCUCAAUUGACAAAAUAGGCAAUAUAAUGCCUGAGAAACCUUUUCAUAGCAAGCCAUUGUAGUUUUUCGUAUACCUAUCCACUAGAAUGCUACAAAGAAUUGAUUGAAAUAAAUAGUCAUAUUUUUGUUAGCUAGAAUGAUGUUGAUAUUUUGCCUCUAAAGCAUGCUGUGUGGAGCCUGUCUGUGUAUUAAUACAGCGGCAUGCCUGGUAGAAGACUGAGACAUAGCCACAAAAUGCCUGUGCCUGAAAAGCUGUAGAGACAUUACCCUGCUGUAACUGUUCAAAGAGGACUGUCAGGAGGAGCAGACGUGGACUGCUGGGCUGGAUUUGAGACAGAUAAUGCAGACAAACAGUUGCCUGCUUCUCUCUCUGCAGGUGGAAACAUGAGAGAGAUGGAGAGAAAUUGACAGAAAGAAAUUCAGUGCUUAAGCAGAGUGGACUAUCUGAUGUGCGGUUUCUGUUUUCCCACCCAGACAAAAACAUACUGCCUGUAAGUUGCAGCUACCCAUCCUAAUCCAUCUACCCAUUCCUGUACGCCCUCAGACAUGCACACCCACACACCCUCAUGCUCUUGUGUGUGUUUGUGUACACCGUAAACACUCAGACACGCCGGCUCUUUGCAUGUGCUUUUCACUCCUGUCAUCCUCCUCCGCACUGCCAUGGAAACAGAAUUCGGCAUUCAAAUAUGUGUAUUGUCUGGGGGUAUGUGCAUGUCACUCAGUGAUCUGAAGUUGUUUAGGGGGGCAUCUUUUUCUCCAGGCAUGGCUCCAGAAGCUUUAAUCAGAGCCUUUGCUCACACUCCUUUCACUAAUCCCCUUUAUUACCCAGUGACAUGAGGCAGCAUCCCUGUUACAUGGUCAGAGGUUUUGGAAAAUGCUCUCCUUCGCUGCCCCCCUGCUAUGGUGUCUAUACCAUGCGAGUAGACUCACAGGGAUGAACGGCUGUUUAAUGGUGCAGUGGCAGGGGGGCUAAGACGAGGCACAAAAGGAGAGGCUUCUUGAGUCAUGGUCGACUGGGUAGCUGUGUGGCAGGCAGCUAAAAAAGGUUUGAGUCAUUCUCCAUAUGUGACUUGUUUUCCAAGUGCGUCAGCAGUGCGCAUAUGCUACCAGUCUGCACCUGCAGAAGGUCUCAGUGUCUUAAAUUGCAGCCACUUGACUAUGCCACCAUUCCUCCUUUCCGUACUGGUCACUCUCUUAUUUUCUCUCUUUGCUUCCUCUGUCCUGUAUGUGUCACAUGUCACAUAGAUGUGAUUGCUGACAAGAGAAAGCUGAUGCAUGCUGAAAGCAUGGCCACCCCAACACACACACGCGCAUAAACAAAACUCCCACCUACUAACAUGUCAGUAGCACUGUUACGCUUCCAGGCAGUAAUGUUCC